AGCUGGACGCAUUCUGAGCGGUAAGGCAAAAGGAACGGGCCUUGCAAGGAUGACCCAGGGAGGGGUACCCAAUACCACAAAGAAAAGAAAUGGAUUCUGCUCACAGUGCCCGAGGAGUGGAUAGCACGGAAAGUGGACGACACCCCAGCCCGGGAGACGGCCCAGGCUCCAGGUGACACGCACCGGGCGUCGCAAGCGGGAGCCGGCGGGAGGGGUGGGCACCAGCGCGCGCGGGAUCUCACGCGGCUCGGAGGCGCGACGCGCAUGCUCAGUCCCGCACCUCUCCGGGCGGGGCGAGAGACCCGGGCUCCUGGGCCUGCGUGGGGGGGGGGGGGGGGGGGGGGGAGGAGCGCUCGCGCAGCCGCCCCUGACUGGAGCGGGCUCGGCGGCUGCUGCAGCGCUCAGCGCCCGGGCCCUACCGGAGCCAGGUCUAGCAUGUGCCGCGGCUCCCCGGCGGCGGCGGCGGCGGCUCCUCUGCAGCAACGGCAGCAGCAACGGCCGCCAUGGCCAAGCCCAGCGCGGAGCUCACCCGCGAGCUGCAAGACAGCAUCAGGAGGUACCUAAGCCAAGGGGCUAUACUCCAACAACAUCGGGUGAAGCUGGAGACGAAGCCCAAGAAGUUUGAGGAUCGAGUUCUGGCCUUGACCUCCUGGCGCCUCCACCUCUUCCCCCUUAAAAUCCCAGCCAAGGUGGAGAGUUCCUUCAAUGUCCUAGAAAUCCGAGCCUUCAACACGCUCAGUCAGAACCAGAUCCUGGUGGAGACGGAGCGUGGCCUGGUGAGCAUGCGGCUGCCAUCGGCUGAAAGCGUGGACCAGGUGACACGACACGUGAGCUCUGCCCUCUCCAAGGUCUGCCCUGGCCCGGGGUGUCUAAUCCGGCGUGGAAAUGCUGACACCCCUGAAGGGCCCCGAGACACAUCCCCCAACUCCGAGACUUCCACAUCUACCACUCACAGUGUCUGCGGUGGCUUCUCCGAGACCUAUGCUGCCCUGUGUGACUACAAUGGGCUGCACUGCCGUGAGGAGGUGCAAUGGGAUGUGGACACCAUCUACCAUGCUGAGGAUAACCGGGAGUUCAAUCUUUUGGAUUUCAGCCACUUGGAAAGCCGAGACUUGGCCCUAAUGGUGGCAGCCCUGGCCUACAACCAGUGGUUCACCAAACUCUACUGCAAGGAUCUGCGGCUGGGCUCUGAAGUGCUAGAACAGGUACUACAUACCCUGAGCAAGUCGGGGAGCCUCGAAGAGCUGGUGCUGGACAACGCCGGGCUUAAGACGGACUUUGUCCAGAAGCUGGCCGGGGUGUUUGGGGAGAACGGGAGCUGUGUGCUGCAUGCCCUCACUCUGUCCCACAACCCCAUCGAGGACAAGGGCUUCCUCAGUCUGAGUCAGCAGCUCCUCUGCUUCCCCACUGGCCUCACCAAACUGUGCCUGGCCAAGACUGCCAUCUCCCCUCGAGGGCUCCAGGCACUGGGCCAGACCUUCGGGGCCAACCCAGCCUUUGCAAGCUCCCUUCGAUACCUGGACCUGAGCAAGAACCCUGGGCUGCUCGCCACAGACGAGGCCAAUGCCCUCUACAGUUUCCUGGCCCAGCCCAAUGCUCUGGUGCACCUGGACCUGGCAGGAACCGACUGUGCCAUUGACUUGCUUCUGGGAGCCUUGCUCCAUGGCUGCUGCUCCCACCUAACCUACCUCAACCUGGCACGCAACAGCUGUUCCCACAGGAAGGGCCGGGAGGCCCCACCAGCCUUCAAGCAGUUCUUCAGCAGCGCUUACACACUGAGCCACGUCAACCUGUCAGCCACGAGGCUGCCCCUGGAGGCCCUCAGGGCGCUGCUCCAGGGCCUCUCCCUCAACAGUCACCUCAGUGAUCUGCACCUGGACCUCAGCAGCUGUGAGCUCCGCUCAGCAGGAGCCCAGGCUUUGCAGGAGCAGCUGGGGGCUGUCACCUGUGUGGGCAGCCUAGAUCUGUCGGACAAUGCGUUUGACUCCGACCUCCUGACACUGGUGCCUGCACUUGGAAAGAACAAGUCCCUCAAGCAUCUGUUCCUGGGCAAGAACUUCAAUGUCAAGGCCAAGACCUUGGAGGAGAUCCUCCACAAGCUGGUGCAACUGAUCCAAGAAGAGGACUGUUCCCUGCAGUCGCUAUCGGUAGCAGACUCAAGACUGAAGCUUCGCACCAGCAUCCUCAUCAAUGCGCUGGGCAGCAACACCUGCCUGGCCAAGGUGGACCUGAGCGGCAAUGGCAUGGAGGACAUCGGGGCCAAGAUGCUUUCCAAGGCCCUGCAGAUCAACUCCUCCCUCAGAACCAUCCUAUGGGAUCGGAACAACACUUCUGCCCUGGGCUUUCUGGAUAUUGCAAGGGCCCUGGAGAGCAACCACACGCUCCGCUUCAUGUCCUUCCCCGUGAGUGACAUCUCCCAAGCCUACCGCAGCGCCCCUGAGCGCACGGAGGACGUCUGGCAGAAGAUCCAGUGGUGCUUGGUGAGGAACAACCAUUCCCAGACAUGCCCCCAGGAGCAGGCCUUCCGGCUGCAGCAGGGCCUGGUGACCAGCAGCGCCGAGCAAAUGCUGCAGCGGCUGUGCGGCCGAGUGCAGGAGGAGGUUCGGGCCCUGAGGCUGUGCCCCCUGGAGCCUGUGCAGGAUGAGCUGCUUUAUGCUCGGGACCUCAUCAAGGAUGCCAAAAACUCGCGGGCGCUGUUUCCCAGCCUCUACGAGCUGGGCCACGUGCUGGCCAACGAUGGGCCUGUACGGCAGAGGCUGGAGUCAGUUGCCAGCGAGGUGUCCAAGGCUGUGGACAAGGAGCUGCAGGUGAUUCUGGAGUCGAUGGUCAGCCUAACACAGGAGCUAUGUCCCGUGGCCAUGCGAGUGGCAGAGGGGCACAACAAGAUGCUGAGCAAUGUGGCUGAGCGCGUCACGGUGCCCCGGAACUUCAUCCGAGGGGCGCUGCUGGAGCAGGCAGGACAGGACAUUCAGAACAAGCUGGAUGAAGUGAAGCUCUCAGUCGUCACCUACUUGACCAACUCUAUAGUGGACGAGAUCCUACAGGAGCUAUACCACUCCCAUAAGAGCCUGGCCCGGCACCUGGCCCAGCUAAAGACACUAUCAGAUCCACCAUCGGGGCCAGGCCAAGGGCAGGAUCUGUCCUCCCGGGGCCGAGGCCGGAACCAUGAGCAUGAGGAGACCACAGAUGAUGAACUCGGGACCAACAUUGACACCAUGGCCAUCAGAAAACAGAAACGCUGCCGCAAGAUCCGGCCAGUGUCCGCCUUCAUUAGUGGGAGCCCUCAGGACAUGGAAAGCCAGCUGGGGAGCCUGGGGAUCCCCCCCGGCUGGUUCUCAGGACUCGGGAGCAGCCAGCCCACCAGUGGUGGCUCCUGGGAGGGUCUGUCCGAGCUGCCCACUCAUGGCUAUAAGCUAAGGCAUCAAACACAAGGCAGGCCCCGACCCCCCCGGACUACCCCUCCAGGACCUGGUCGGCCCACUCAGGUGCCAGUGACUGGGACUCGUCAGGAGAAUGGGAUGGCUACCCGCCUGGAUGAGGGGCUGGAGGACUUUUUCAGCCGAAGGGUCAUGGAUGAAAGCUCCAGCUACCCCCGGACCCUACGGACCCUGCGGCCAGGCCUCUCGGAGCCGCCGCUGCCUCCGCUCCAGAAGAAGAGGCGCAGAGGCCUGUUUCACUUUCGCCGGCCCCGGAGCUUCAAGGGGGAAAGGGGGCCAGGGUCCCCUACCACUGGGCUCCUCCUCCCUCCACCCCCGCCCCCACCCCCAACUCAGGAGAGCCCCCCCAGCCCUGAUCCCCCCAGCCUCGGCAAUAACUCCUCCCCGUGCUGGAGCCCAGAGGAGGAGAGCGGCCCCCUCCCUGGAUUUGGGGGGAGCCGGGGGCCUUCCUUCCACAGGAAGAUGGGCACUGAGGGGGCAGAGCCAGGGGAGGGGGGCCUGGCCCCUGGGACAGCACAGCAGCCAAGGGUCCAUGGUGUUGCCCUUCCUGGGUUGGGAAGAGCCAAGGGUUGGAGCUUCGACGGGAAACGAGAGGGCACAGGCCCGGACCUGGAGGGCAGCGCCCAGGCUUGGCAGAAACGGCGUUCUUCAGACGAUGCAGGGCCUGGAGCCUGGAAGCCCCCACCACCACCCCAAAGCAGCAAGCCAAGCUUCAGCGCCAUGCGCCGAGCAGAGGCCACAUGGCAUAUAGCUGAGGAGAGUGCCCCCAACCACAGCUGCCAGAGCCCCAGCCCAGCCUCUCAGGACGGGGAGGAGGACAAGGAGGGGACCCUAUUCCCAGAGAGAACCGUUCCUGCUAGGAAUGCCAAGCUGCAGGACCCCCCUUUAGCUCUACGGCCCCCCAAGCCUGUGGCUGUGCCCAGGGGCCGCCGCCCCCCACAGGAGCCAGGGGGCAGGGAGGAGGCUGAGGCUGUGGGUACAGCUCCAGGAAUGAACAGAGCCCGGCUGAGACUGGGCUCACACCAGGACCAAGAGGAGCCUGAGGUCCAAGAUCCAGGCCGCCGGACUGCCCCCCUAAAGCCCAAGAGGACACGGCGGGCACAGUCCUGUGACAAGCUGGAGCCUGACAGAAGACAGCCCCCUGACCCCACAGCAGGAACCAGUGAGCCAGGAACAGACUGACAGCCACAGCAGCACCCUGCCCAGCCCUCCUCUCGACAUGUGCCUCACAAGGACUCAGACCCCCACCCACCCAACCCCCCGCACCUCCAGGCCUUCUGCCAACCCAUCCCAGGGGGCAGGAUGGCAGGAUGAGGUGUGGGGACAGCAGGUCGGGGACAGGAAGGGAGGGAGCGACCUGGAGAAAGGGAGGCCGAGCUUGGGGCAGGGCCGGCUCCUCUCCUGGAAGGGUGGAUCUGUCCCUCUAUCCCCAGGGACUCUCUCCCUCCUUGUAUAGAAUAAAAAAACAGACUCA